AUGAAUCGCCGGCGAGUCCGAUCCUCCGAGCAGCCCAGGGAAAGGCUCUCCAAGCGGCGGAAGUUUGUCGCGUGCGUGACCCACUACCCUAUCCCUACGCCGUUCACUCACAAUAUUGCAAUUACAAACUCAUAUCAAAGCUCUACAGGUGCCAGCGCUGUCAUACACAUAAAAUCAAAUGUUCGGGCGACCUACCUUGCGCCAAAUGUCGACAAGUGGGCUGCGCCGAUGACUGCGCCUACGAGGCCCGAGACCGCCAGGUCAAGCUAUCUGGACGAGCUCGUGGCAGAGAACCGACGGUUGAAAGAACAGUCCGCCUCGGCGUCACAUACCGAAGCAGAUCGCGACAACGCCGAGAACGGCCCUGCUCGCCCUGCAGACGCCACGGACGGGCCAGACGAGGGCAACACCAGCGUGCGCAAUCCGCUGAUCGGCGAUCGUGCCUGGUUCCAUCGCUACGAUCCCUCAACGCCGCCUAUCUACAUCGGCGAGGCGGCCUGUACGGCGUUCGCGACUCGAUUCCGUCGCUUCCUCACGGGGAACAAUGCCACCGCGCAUAUCCCGCGCACGCAGUACGUCAAGGAUGACUGUAUCGCUGCGGCCAAUACGGCAGACGUGCAAUGGCCGAGUCUGCAGCAGGCGCGUCUCCUUGUGAAGAUUGCCAUGCAGCAGGUCUGCCAUAUUUAUCAUUUGGUCUUGCGCAAAUCGACGCUGGAGAAGCUGGAGGACAUCUACCGCACCGGAGAUUUUGAGUGCACGGUCAACAAGUGCAAGUUCUUUGCUCUCUUCGCUUUCGGGGAGGCCUAUUCUAUGCGAGCUGAACCGUCUACGGGCUCUAGAGUUCCAGGGACAACGUACUUUGCUCGUGCUUUGAGUUUGGUGCAGUUGCCGCCAGAACGGACGAAUAUCACACAUCUUGAGACUUUGCUCUUAUUGUCACUGUUUUCAUAUUAUCUCAACCGACGGCAUUCGUCUCUUGUUCUGAUCGGCACAGCCAUGCGCCUUGGUCUAUCCAUCGGCAUGAACCACAACAUCCCGGAGACGCAGCUCAUCGACCCGGUGGAACGACAGCAUCGACUGCGCAUCUGGUGGACCAUCUACGUCUUUGAUCGCAUGUGGGGAUCCAAAAUGGGGCAGCCGUCGCAGAUUCUCGACGAUGAUAUCCACUUGGACAUGCCGUCAAGCAUCACGCCAGCGCAGCUGCACGACGAACAGUUCUCGGAUACUGAUCAUCUAACUGCAAACAUCAAUCUCGCGCGCAUUGUCGGCGAGACCAUCGCCAAACUGUACAGCCGCCGCAAGUACAGCGAGACCUUUCUUCAACGGGUCCAGAAAUUGCUCAAGGCAUUGAAAAACUGGGUGGAAACUCUACCGGAACAUCUACGGUUGAACGAAGACGAUCUCGAAGUCAACCGCAAACCGAUCAGCUCCUUACAUCUAUCUUUCAAUCAAUGCGUCAUCCUCACCACUCGCCCAACCCUCCUUCAUCUCCUCAUCAACAACCGCACCACCGACAUCUCCCAACCCGUCCUCACCCUCGGCGAAGCAUGCAUCCACGCCGCCCGUCAUUCCUACUCCGUCAUCCUCACCAAAUGGAUUAACGGCUCUCUUCCCGUCUUCGGCUACUUCCACGCCCAUUACCUCUUCUCCCUCGCCCUCGUUCUCGCCAUGGCGAGUUUCCUCCCCAUAGGCAGCCCCUCGGACCUCGGCGCCUUCGAAACCAGUCUCGAGAUGCUCCGCUCCAUGAGCGAGAACGGCAACCUCGCGGCGGCAGAAUUCCAUAUGAAUCUCGUCCAAGUGAAAGAAUGUCUCGAUCAAUACCGCGACGCUCAUCCAUCCUCAAAUCCCUCCUCCUCCUCCGCCUCCUCCUCCGCCUCUAACCCCCAUGCCCAUCCCUCCACAAACCCUCCCCUCACCUCAACAACACCCUUUGUCGAAUCCACACCAAUCCCCCUCGUCCAUCAACCAACCUCGAUCCCCAACAAUUCCAUCAUGACCCCCGAAGAUGAACCCCUCGGUUUAUCCAGUUACGCUCUCCCACCUAGCACGACGGCAGCCGGUGCACCAGCUGUGCCGGGGUUCACGACAGCAAUGGCGUUCAUGGAGCCGACGAUGCAGGAUUUUCUGGCGCAGUCGGAUUUCGAUCUGGGGUUGUUGCACCCGGUGGAUACUUUUAUUAGUGAGGAGAGUUUUUAUACGAGUCAGGGGAUCUAG